AUGCUGAUCGAGUAUAGCCAUGAUCGAGUUGGUGGGCCGCAACGCCCAUCAUUACUCUGGAAACCCCUUCCGGAUCAGAUGUUGUUCGAUUCCAAUCAUCUGGCGGCACUACUUCCCCUGGAUCUAGACGACGAGUACAUCACACCCAACCUGUUGUACCAACAGCCUCCUUCCGAGACCCCACUGGCCACCGGGUUCACAGGUCUGAUCCACAUAUUUUUAUGCCUGAUGGAUCUGCCACACGAAGUUGUAGGGGGACCAAAAAUCAGCCUUAGCACCACCACGGGAGACUCUUCAGCUCACUACAACAACCGACCUGACUACCAGGUGCUUACGCGCAUGUUCGAACGGGUCAAGUAUGUUCUCGACGACAUCUCACCGCAAAUGGCACUCUGGCAAGGUGAACGGGCGGGCUCCGACGCCGACGACAACACCACCACCACCGAAGCAUCCAACACUCGAGCAGAUCAGAUCGAGAGCCUGCGAGCAAAUCUCCAAGUGACCCGACUCUGGGUCCGCAGUCUGAUCUUCGAGCGCCUCCUCGCCAUCUACCAUGCGUCAACCCACAACAACAACGCCACCGCGACUCCGACCGAGCUAUCCAAGUCCCACGACCGCCAACACUGGUCCGAGCGCGAGGACAUCUGCGAGCAGCUCUUGGCGGUGCUGUACAACAUCAAGCAGAAGAACCUCGAGCCCAACGGAAUCACGCUGACGUACAAGAUCCGCCAGGUCGCCGCGACGCUGCUCGACUGCCCCUUCGAAGAGCACACGAGCAUCUCGCGCCGUGCGAGGCUGUACAUCGAGCGCUUCAUGGAGCUGCUGACCCUCCUGGACAAGUAUUCCUUCCAGGACACGCAGCUCGUCGUGUGGAGUGACUUUGACACGCAGGAGAGGCAGCCCGUUUCGGAUUUCAUGCGGCUUUCGGGCGUGUGA